AGAUGGCUAAUUAGAGAUACAUGCCAUAUACAGUCUAACAGCGGCAGAGGCGCAGGCAAGCGACAACAGAGCAGGUGCGGGCAAGCGGCGACAUAGGCGCAGGCCGCAGGCAAGCUGCAACAACGGAGCAAAGUGUGAACCCGGACUGGAAUCUUCGUCUACCUGCAGUCCCGUCGCUCUCUCACCAGCAGCCAUGGCCGCGGAUCCCACCACCGGCGGCGGCGAGGCGGAGUCCUUCUUCCGCGCCGCGCCGCCGCUCCGCGACCAGGACCGCGUCGCCGGGGACCUCGCCGACUUCGUCGCCCGCCACUCCGGGAGCGGAGGAGGGGGGAGGCUCGCCGGGGUGGUCUGCGUCACCUCCGGCGGCACGACGGUGCCCCUGGAGCAGCGGUGCGUGCGCUACAUCGACAACUUCAGCUCCGGCCAGCGAGGGGCCGCGUCCACCGAGUACUUUCUCAAAGCUGGCUACGCGGUCAUCUUCAUCUACCGCCGUGGGAGCAAGCAACCUUACUGUAGGUUUCUUCCAGAGGAUUCCUUUCUUGAUUUAUUCGAGCUUGGUGAAGAAUCAGAUAUCCAAGUCCCAGAAUCUCAUGCCGCGGUUGUCAAGACAGCAAUAAGAAAUUAUCGGAAGGCGAUUGAUGAAGGCCUAUUGCUGAAACUUCCUUUCACCACUAUCUUUGAGUACCUUCAGUUACUGCAAAUGGUAGGUACGGCGAUGAAUUGCUUGGGACGCCAAGGAAUGUUUUACCUUGCUGCGGCAGUUUCUGACUUUUAUGUUCCAUGGGAAAGCAUGGCUAAACAUAAAAUCGAGUCAGCAAGUGGUCCUUUGAACAUGCAACUCAAUCAAGUUCCGAAGAUGCUUUUCAUUCUGAGAAAACAAUGGGCUCCUUCAGCAUUUUGUGUAUCCUUCAAGCUUGAGACGGACCCAGAUAUCCUUCUGCAGAAGGCAGAGGCAGCUCUGAGAAAGUAUGGUAUGAAUGUCGUGGUCGCCAACGAGCUAGCGAACUACAAAGAUGUAGUUGUGAUGGUCACAAGCAAUGGGAGGACAACCGUGCGAAGGCCCAGCAAGGAGGACGACGUCGAAGAACAGUUAAUCGAUCUCUUGGUAGAGAUGCACUCCGAACACAUCAUGCAGCUCAAUCAAGACGUGCACAAGCUGACAUAACAAUUAUACUGAAUGGAAUACGAGUAUCAGAAUUCUUGGCAACUACAUCAUCCAAAGUUGUUACAACUUACGAGCCACGAGCUGAACUAUGAAUAUCAUGACUUGUAAAAAAGAAAAAGAAUAGCAUAUGCCCACAAAUGGUGGUAAAGUAUGUAUGUACCACAUUCAGGUGUCAAUGUUACGCCUGGUGCUUCUGUAACUUACUACAUGUUAAUUCCCUGGGAAAGGGCCUUGGGAGAUAGGCAUGAUUUUUUUUUUCUAAGUUUUCCUUUUCUCAAA